AUGGCCAAGGACAAAUCAUCAAAAAAGGAAUCUAAGGUGUCUAAGGAGACUAAGGAGACUAAGGAAGUCACCAGUACCGAAAUCGACAACUACGAAAAGCGCAUGCCCGCGCUGCUCCCCUUUGCAUCACCGCUAGCACCAAAGAAACUCAACAAAAAGAUUCUUAAGACCGUUAAGAAGGCAUCCAAGGCUAAGCACGUUCGUCGUGGUGUUAAGGAGGUUGUUAAGGCUUUACGCAAGGGUGAAAAGGGCAUCGUUGUUGUUGCCGGUGAUAUCUCCCCUCCCGAUGUCAUUUCGCAUCUGCCUGUUCUUUGCGAAGACUUUAAAGUCCCAUACGUCUUCAUCCCCUCUAAGGAGGACCUGGGCUCUGCCGGUGCUACUAAGCGACCAACAUCUUGUGUCAUGGUUGUUCCUGGUGGUUCCAAGAAGAAGGCUGACGACGCGUCAAAGACUGAAGAAUACAGAGAAGGCUUUGAUCAAAUUGUCAAGGAGGUCGAGACUAUUGCUUAA